CAGGCUUCAGGAACGGUCACGAUCUCAAAUACCCCUAAGCACAUCAGCCACAACUGCACAAGAAAUAUCCUCUGGUGUGCAAGCAAACAGAAGGAAAGCCCCAGAAGUGUCACAACAAACUAUGGGCCUGGAACAGAAACAAACUGCUUCAAGAUCUCGAAGUGAACCCCCAAGAGAGAGGAAGAAGAUACCCCCUGCUUUUGAGCAAAAUGGAAAAGGAGGCAUAAAAAUUGAGCGCAAACGUGUGCCAAAGUCUUCACUACAGCAGAGUGAAGGACAAACAGAUGAGAAGGGAAGUAAAGAAAGGCGUGAUGGGAGAAGGUUAGAGAAAGGGAGGUCUCAAGACUACUCUGACUUCCCUCCCCAUUUUGAGGAAGGCAAGACAGUUAAUGAGGAAAAACUGAGGAAAGAAGAUGAAUAUACCAGGUAUAGGAGUGAUCCAAAUCUUGCAAGAUACCCUGUGAAACCCCAUCCUGAAGAGCAGCAGAUGCGCAUGCAUGCAAAAGUUUCAAAAGUGCGGCAUGAGAGAAGACACAGUGAUGUUGCCUUGCCUCAUACUGAAGUUGAGGAGCCUGAGGUGCCUGAGAAUAACCAUGGAAAGCAUUCACAGUUACAAGGAACUCAGGAUAUAAAAUCCCACGUGGAUGCCCUGAGGACAUAUCCAAUAGAAAGAACAGGUGAUGUCAGGAUUUCUGUUUCUAAACAAUUAAUUUCUCAUACCCCAUCAACGCCCCGCCAUAGCAUGGUUCUUACAGAACAUUUAGAAUCCAAAAAUCAUGAUUCCUUUAAAGCACAAACUCGCUUAGAUCCCAGCUCUGCAAUUCUCAGUCGGAAAGCAAAGCGAGAGAAAAUAGAAACCAUGCUAAGAAAUGAUUCCCUUAGUUCUGAUCAGUCAGAAUCAGUGCGACCCUCUCCCCCAAAACCUCAUAGAUCAAAACGUGGUGGGAAAAAAAGACAGAUGUCUGUCAGCAGCUCUGAGGAAGAAGGAGCAUCAACACCUGAAUAUACCAGCUGUGAUGAUGUAGAAAUAGAAAGUGAAAGUGUCAGUGAAAAGGGUGACUUGGAUUAUUACUGGUUGGAUCCUGCCACAUGGCACACUAGAGAUACAUCCCCUAUUAGCUCGCAUCCUGUAACUUGGCAACCAUCUAAAGAGGGAGAUCGGCUAAUUGGUCGUGUUAUUCUCAACAAGAGAACAACUAUGCCAAAAGAGUCAGGUGCAUUACUGGGACUCAAAGUUGUAGGAGGAAAAAUGACGGAGUUAGGACGACUUGGUGCCUUCAUUACCAAAGUAAAGAAAGGUAGCUUGGCUGAUGUGGUGGGACAUCUAAGAGCAGGUGAUGAAGUUCUAGAAUGGAAUGGUAAACCACUUCCUGGAGCUACAAAUGAAGAAGUUUACAAUAUUAUUUUAGAAUCCAAAUCAGAGCCUCAAGUUGAAAUUAUUGUUUCAAGGCCUAUAGGUGACAUUCCAAGGAUUCCUGAAACUUCUCAUCCUCCACUAGAAUCUAGUUCUAGCUCAUUUGAAUCUCAGAAAAUGGAACGGCCUUCAAUUUCUAUUAUUUCCCCGACUAGUCCUGGAGCUUUAAAAGAUGCACCACAAGUCCUACCUGGGCAGCUGUCAGUUAAACUAUGGUAUGAUAAAGUGGGGCAUCAGUUAAUAGUGAAUGUUCUUCAAGCAACAGAUCUGCCACCUAGAUUAGAUGGACGACCAAGAAACCCAUAUGUGAAAAUGUACUUCCUUCCAGAUAGAAGUGAUAAGAGUAAAAGAAGGACAAAAACAGUAAAGAAAAGCUUAGAACCCAAAUGGAACCAAACCUUUCUCUAUUCACAUGUGCAUCGUAAGGAUUUUAGAGAACGGAUGUUAGAAAUCACUGUUUGGGAUCAGCCAAGAGUGCAAGAAGAAGAAAGUGACUUCCUCGGAGAGAUUCUCAUAGAGUUGGAGACUGCACUUUUAGAUGAUGAUCCACAUUGGUAUAAGCUGCAGACUCAUGAUGAAUCCUCACUACCUCUUCCUCAGCCAUCACCUUUCAUGCCAAGGAGACAUGUCCAUAGCGGAGAAAAUUCCAGCAAAAAAUUACAAAGAUCUCAGCGAAUCAGUGAUAGUGACAUCUCAGAUAAUGAGGUUGAUGAUGGUAUUGGAGUAGUUCCUUCAGGCUAUAGGUCUACCAGUAGAGAAAGUAAAUCUGCAACAUUAACUGUGCCAGAACAGCAAAGAACAACUCAUCAUCGUUCACGAUCUGUAUCUCCUCACCGUGGUGACGAUCAGGGCAGGACCCGUUCUCGUUUACCAAAUGUGCCAUUACAGAGGAGUUUAGAUGAAAUUCAUCAAAUGAGAAGAUCACGUUCUCCAACUAGACACCAUGAUGCCUCCCGAAGCCCAGUUGACCGCAGACCCAGAGAUAUGGAUAGCCAGUAUUUAUCAGAUCAAGAAGGUGAGCUUCUUAUGCUGCCCAGGGCAAAACGAGGAAGAAGUGCAGAGUGCCUACAUACAACCAGAAAUUCUGUUAGGCAUUACAAAUCACUACCUCCCAAGAUGCCUUUAUUUGAGAAUGGCACUUACUGGAAUCUUUACAGUGAACUGCAGCCCUCGCUUGACAGGGCUAGGAGUGCUAGUACUAACUGCUUGAAGCCUGAUACUAGUUUGCAUUCACCAGAACAAGAAAGGCAUCCCAGAAAGGUGGAAAGAAAUAGCACCCAAAAACAGAUUAGAAAAAGCUCUGCAUCAGAAACAGAAAGAAUGCGCCAACCGGGAAGUCCCAUGCAGUCAUCUCCAGCAGAUACAUCCUUCAGCCGUAAGGGGAGACAGCUUCCACAAGUUCCCACCAGGAGUGGCAGUACAGAGCAAGAGACUGGCAACAAGAAGCUGAAAAGCACGAUACAAAGAAGCACAGAGACAGGAAUGGCAGCAGAAAUGAGAAGUCGCAUGGUCCGGCAGCCCAGUCGGGAGUCAACCGAUGGGAGUAUCAACAGUUACAGCUCAGAAGGAAAUUUAAUAUUUCCUGGAGUUCGACUGGGUGCUGAUAGCCAGUUCAGUGAUUUUCUAGAUGGGCUUGGACCGGCUCAGCUAGUGGGACGACAGACUUUAGCAACUCCUGCCAUGGGAGAUAUUCAGAUCGGAAUGGUGGAUAAGAAAGGACAGUUAGAAGUAGAAGUUAUUAGAGCUCGAGGCCUAAUACAGAAGCCUGGCUCUAAAUCUACCCCAGCACCAUAUGUCAAAGUGUAUCUGCUUGAAAAUGGGGCAUGUGUAGCUAAGAAGAAAACAAGGAUUGCCAGGAAAACCCUUGAUCCCUUAUACCAACAGACAUUGGUUUUCGAUGAAAAUUCACAUGGUAAAGUCCUUCAGGUGAUAGUAUGGGGAGAUUAUGGUCGAAUGGAUCACAAGUGUUUCAUGGGAGUUGCACAGAUCUUGUUAGAAGAACUUGAUUUAUCCAGUGUGGUAAUAGGCUGGUAUAAAUUAUUUCCACCUUCCUCCUUGGUGGAUCCAACAUUGACUCCUCUGACUCGCAGGGCUUCCCAGUCAUCUCUGGAAAGUUCAACUGGGCCUCCCUGUAUUCGAUCUUAACGAACGUCAAGCAGGAGUUCUCUUAACAAACUCAGUGUCA